CACAGCCAUCCCCGGGGCGAGUUGGCGACCCGACCCACUGUCUUUUUCCUCAUUCUUUUCCCGACUUGAGGUAUCAACUAUCAAGUAUCAAGUGUUCUGAGAGAGAAGAGAUGAUAAACAGGUUUAAGCUGAAAAUUCUUCUCUCUCUCUUCGCUUUGAAUUCAAUCACUCUUUACCUCUACUUGUCCUCCCACACCAACCAUUUCCGCCACAAAUCGCCGCCGAACCACCACCUCCAUUCCUCGGAAAACCGUUUUUCAUCACUCGGGAACUACCCUCACUCCGCUUCAUUGCGAACCAAACCCUGGCCAAUACUGCCAUCCUACCUCCCCUGGUCUCAGAAACCCGAUGCCGCUCUCCGAUCCUGCGAAGCGUACUUCGGAAACGGAUUCACGCGCCGCGUUGACCUUCUCGGGCCAUCCGCUGGUGGUUGGUUCGGAUGUUUCCACAGCGAGACGCUGCAGAGCUCUAUAUGUGAGGGAGGGAGAGUAAGGAUGAGUCCUGACAAGAUUAGGAUGUCAAAAGGAGGUGAGAAAUUGGAGACGGUGAUGGGAAGGGGCGAAGAUGAGGAAAUGCCGGUGUUCGAAUCUGGAGCCUUUGAUAUCUAUGUGGCUGAUCCAUCCAAGUUGGGGAAGAAGCUCGUGGAUCAGGGUUUUUUGAAUCGUUAUGUGCCCCAAGGUUCCAUUGGGAAACACACUAUGCGUUGGUUGAUCGAUUCAAUUCAGUUGGUUUCUGAAGAUGACUUCCAAUGCACUGAGUGGAUUGAAGAGCCAACACUUCUCGUGACACGCUUCGAGUAUGCAAACCUUUUCCACACUUUCACAGAUUGGUACAGUGCAUAUGUGGCUUCUAGAGUGACCGGCUUACCAACUCGGCCUCAUUUGGUCUUUGUGGAUGGCCAUUGUCAAACACAGUUGGAAGAAACAUGGAAAGCCUUGUUUUCAAGCAUCAGAUACGCAAAAAACUUCAGUGGUCCUGUUUGCUUCCGCCACGUCAUCCUCUCACCUUUGGGGUAUGAGACAGCCCUCUUCAAGGGUCUGUCAGGAAAUAUUAACUGUCAAGGAGCCCCGGCCCGUGAUCUGUGGGAAAACUCUAAUGAUAAGAAAACCGCACGGCUACACGAAUUUGGGGAGAUGGUAAAGGCAGCUUUUGGGUUUCCAGUGAAUAGGCUGAAUAACAACAUCUCUUCAAGGCCGGCUACAGGUCAUAAUAUUCUCUUUGUAAGACGCGAGGACUAUUUUGCCCAUCCCCGUCACGGUGGGAAGGUACAGUCAAGGCUUACCAAUGAAGAAGAUGUGUUUGAUUCUGUAAAGAACUGGGUAGCAUCAUCAUCAAACAAUUUCAGCUGCAAGGUAAAUGUAGUCAAUGGGCUGUUUGGACACAUGUCAAUGAAGGAGCAAGUUCGGGCAAUACAAGAUGCUUCGGUCAUUGUGGGUGCUCAUGGCGCCGGUCUGACCCACAUUAUAUCCGCGAUGCCCCGAACGGUAAUUUUGGAGAUCAUUAGCAGUGCAUAUAGGCGUCCCCAUUUUGCUCUGAUUGCACAAUGGAAGGGUCUAGAAUAUCACCCCAUUUUUUUGGAUGGGUCCCACGCCAACCCUUCGGUGGUGAUUGACAAGCUGAACAGCAUUUUGAAAGACAGCUUUGGGUGCUGACUGCAAGAAACUCGAUUAUGAUCUUGGGCUCACUGAAGGUGGCGGUUUGCGCUUAGUUGACAGCUGAAUCACGAUUGUGACCACUAACAUAAAGAACCUAGAGGAAAGUACCCCAUCUGCGAGUAAAGAUCACCUGUCGUGUAAUUGUUUUCAUUAUAAAAUACGGAGUACAUUUCUAGGCAUUUUUAAAUCUAAACAUGAUCUCAUUUAUAUUUAUACACAGUAUUUUUUGUACAAUUACAAACUUUGUUUUCAUGGUUGUGUGUGCUUCACCCAUUUGAAAUAAUACACGAAAACCAAUUUA